GGUGGUAGGGUUUCGUUUACGGAGAGGGAGGGGGAGGCGCGGGAAGAGGGAGCAAGUACGAGUGACAAAGAUGCAGAUCUUCGUGAAAACCCUCACGGGGAAGACCAUCACCCUCGAGGUCGAGAGCAGCGACACCAUCGACAACGUCAAGACCAAGAUCCAGGACAAAGAAGGGAUUCCGCCGGACCAGCAGCGACUGAUCUUUGCCGGGAAGCAGCUCGAGGAUGGACGGACACUCGCCGACUACAACAUUCAGAAAGAGUCGACGCUGCAUUUGGUGCUGAGGCUGAGGGGCGGUAUCAUUGAGCCCUCUCUGAUGGCUCUCGCCAGGAAAUAUAAUCAGGAAAAGAUGAUCUGCAGAAAAUGCUAUGCAAGAUUGCAUCCAAGGGCUGUUAAUUGCCGUAAAAAGAAGUGCGGCCACAGCAACCAGCUGAGGCCCAAGAAGAAGAUCAAGUAAGCUGUUGGUUUGAGUUGCUCGAUGCAUGUUCUGAGAAGCCAAAAAUGUCCCAUCUAGAUUAGCUGUCAUCGGCUGUUUUCAUUUUUCACAUGAAACUUAUUUUUAUUGCUUUGUUGCUGCAAACAAACGUGUUGGCACGUAAGGACAAUGUUGUUUUCUGAAUGUUUUGAAGUAUCUUUAGCAAUUAAUAUUUCUAUUGAUUGUUCUCCA